GCUGAUUGCCCCAUCGGCCAUCUCGUAGUGGGGGCCUCUUGGUGGGGGCCGUCGCAUAUAUUGAUCUGGAGAAAGCGUCUCAUCGUAUUCGUCACUCGAAACUUAUUACUGUGUAAAUCUUCUGUGACUAGAAGGAAUUUUUACCCUGUUUCAUCAUACGAUUAAAACAAAAAGAAAAUGCAGAUCUUCGUGAAGACUCUUACUGGAAAGACAAUCACUUUGGAAGUUGAGCCAUCGGACACCAUUGACAAUGUCAAAGCUAAAAUCCAAGACAAGGAAGGAAUUCCCCCAGACCAGCAGAGAUUGAUCUUCGCCGGAAAGCAGCUCGAGGAUGGUCGUACGCUUUCUGACUACAACAUCCAAAAAGAAUCCACCCUCCACCUUGUUUUGAGGUUGAGAGGAGGUAUGCAGAUCUUCGUGAAGACCCUUACUGGAAAGACCAUCACCUUGGAAGUUGAACCAUCCGAUACCAUUGAGAAUGUCAAGGCUAAGAUCCAAGACAAGGAAGGAAUUCCCCCAGACCAGCAGAGAUUGAUCUUUGCAGGAAAGCAGCUCGAGGAUGGACGUACUCUUUCUGACUACAACAUCCAAAAAGAAUCAACCCUCCACUUGGUGCUUAGGCUUAGAGGAGGCGCACAAUAGACAAAUAAUGAUACAAGCCUACACAAAUUAAUCAUUCCUGUUAAUUUUUUAUUUUCAAUAUAGUAGCGUGUCACUCCGUGUUUUCAAUAAAUGAAAUUAUUCAAGAGCAGA